CAAUUUAUGAAAAUUAUUGUCGGCAGAUUUCAAUUAUCAAUGUUUUAAUUUAUAUAAUUUAGUGUGAUGAAUGAACAAUGUUUAAUGAAUUUUAUAAUUUAAUUAAACAUAGUCCUACAAAACUAUCUACGAUAACUUAACUACUAUGAACAGAUACUAUUGGUUGAAAAUGACAUGACUAAAGAAUAUAUUGUUAUAGAGUGGACGAUACCACAACAACAACGUACCAAGUCUUAGGGAGAGUUGUUGCUAAGCAUUGGAAGUAAAACAAAUAAAAUACGGAGUAGUAAUGGUAUUUUUUAAUCUUUGGUCUGUAAUACAUUGGUACAUAAGACCAUUUGUUAAGUGGAUUUUGAGGAAAACUACCCGUUUAUGCGAGCUCCAACGUAUAUGUUAUGGUGAUAAACCUGGGGCUCAAAGAACUUGUAAUGUCGAAAAUUCAUUAAAGCUAUCCCAUACUAGGGACGUAAUAGAAGUUAUUACAUUCUUAGAUGCAGUGGUCCUUGAAAAAAGAUUUAUACCACAAAAUUUUGAUGAUGUAUUGUAUCCAUCAAUUAAUAUAAUUCUGCGGGCUAAACAAAUCAAUACAAAAUUACACCCAAAAUUUGUCCCAGCAUUUAGAAAAUGUCUACAACAGAUUUGGAGCUAUAGACAGUUAAUUGAUGACAUUGAAGAAUUAAGGUGUACUCAGUAUGAUAGUAAAAACUCAGACCAUGAGGAAAAGUUGCUUAAACUGUGGAGCCUUUUACAGCCUAAUGAGCUCCUAGAAGAUAGAAUAACAAAGCAGUGGCAAAAUAUUGGCUUUCAGGGAGAUGACCCAAAAACUGAUUUUCGAGGGAUGGGUCUAUUGGGCUUAGAAAAUCUGUUAUUUUUUGCCAAGGAGUACACACAAGUUUCAAGCCAUGUUUUGAGUCACUCCCAACAUCCAAAAUAUGGCUAUACAUUUGCAAUUGUUGGCAUAAAUUUAACUUCAAUGGCAUAUUACUUAUUAAAGGAUGGUUCAGCAAAAACAUAUAUGUUCAAUGCAAAACAUUACUUGCCCAACAUUGACCUAUUUCAUAGAUUUUAUUGCUAUUUAUUUUUUGAAUUUGAUAAACUAUGGAUAGAAUCUAAACCAGAGAAUAUAAUGGAAUUUUCUAUGAUAUUUAAAAAAUUUGAAAAUGCUAUAAGAUCUCAAUUGUCAGACCCAGCAUCUGUUUUUAGAAUAAAUAUAGCAAUUGACAUAAUAUAACCUAGUAACAUUACUUUAUUUAUUUACUCAAUAAAAGAUUAAUUAAAUAGUAUAAUAAUUAUAUCAUUUAUUAAAUUAGUAUUUUCUUAACAUUUGUGUGGAUACCAAACUUAAUGUCAUUUUAUCACAAUACUGUUUGUGCAAUAUAUAAUUAUUAUAACCUAUUCAUGUGUGAUGUAUGUUUUUAUCUAUAAUUAUUUAGGAAAUUAUUGCAAACAAUCUUAUACAGCUAUGAAA